AUGGAAAAAGAAAGAAGGCUUUGAUGGGAAGAAGAAGUGAAUGAAAAUUACAGGAUUUUAAAAAAGGUUAAUUACUCACGAUUAGUUCUUAUAUCAAUUUGCUGGGUAUUUUAUAUAACUGGGACAAUCUGGCUUUCUUGUGAUUGAAGUGGCUAUAUAAUAUUUUGUGCGAAAAUUUCAUUUGCACAGCUUGUGGUAUGCAUUAUUAUGGAGUUCUUACUUCUCUGCUUCAGAAAAAAAUGUAGGAAUUUAUUUAAAAAAAAAUAGGAUUAAUAAUCAUUUAUAAUUGGGAUAGUUUUGCUUUGAUCUCAUUUAUUUGAAUUAUUAUUUCAAAAUCACCCAUAAAAUCAUCAUAAAAAAAGAUUUCUAAAAUUGAAAAAGGAAUUUAGAAAAUAAAGGAGCAUUUGCCAAAUCAUUUUUCGCGAUUUUGCUAUCAGAAUUUUCUUGCUCUAUGUGGUGAGUAUUUGGAAGGGAAGCUUUUAAGUCUUCUGAGUUGCUGUUCUCAAAUGUUUCUCUAGCUUAUACAAAUAUAUGUGAAUGGCCUUUUAUUCUAAGUCCUUUCUUUAGAAUUGUAAUUCUUUGCAAACACGUAUUUAUGUGACACUAUCACAACUAUUAUAAGUGGGGCUUCGAUUUAAGAAUAGAGGAAACAAUGUCGCACUAUUUAUCAAUUUUACUUGUUGUGAUGUGUGAUUUAUAUAUCCGAAAUAUAAAGGCGACUUCAUUUGAAAGGUUCUUAUCUCGUAAAAACCUCGAGAGGGCAGAAAAAAGGUUUAGUGUUAUUUUUAACUUAUUUCCUGAUGGAAUAUUAAUUCUGUCUGGAGCACACUCAAUUUUGUAUAUAAAUGCAGUUAUGACAAGAUUUUUAGGCUGCAGCAAAGAUAGAGUAGUUCAAACCUUAUCAACAAUUGAAUAUUGUCAAGGCAAAAAGUACUCACAUUUAUCAAAUUCAAACAAGCUUAUAGACGAUUUAAUAUUAGUUCCUAGCUUAGAAGUAAAUCAAGAAGUAGUCCUCGGAUUAAGCAAAAUCCAAAAUUCAAAUCUAGAAUUCCGGGCACAAAAGGUUCUAUGGGAUGACCAUGAUGCGAUUUUGCUAACUGUCAGAGACGCUAACCAUAUAAUCAAUCUAGAGCAGUCAAUUUCAGGAUAAUUAAAAUAUGGCGUCUCAACUUGGCUUGGCCUCUCGGCCAAGCAGUAUCGAGCCCUAUUUUAAUUAUAUCCGGCAAGAUUUUGCUAGCGAAGAAAUGGACAGUUAUGCUAGAUAACUAGCCCUAGUCUAUUUUCCGAGUUAGAUUUUACCUCGAGGGAAGGGAGACUUGGAGUUGGAAAAGGGGGAAGCCCAGCAAAGCCUUUCUAGGCCAUUCGGGCAACUCUCUAGCGAUAAGCCAGGAGUUUCGCCCUGGGCUACAAGUUUUACCCUUUUGCCGAAAAUCGGCCAGAAAUUCCAUUUUUUGAAAUUUCGAGACAGGCAACCUUCGUUGGCGUACGGCAUGGUGACCCAAACUUUCCGACUACGGAGUGUAUGUGCAGGCCCAUAUCCGUAGGAGCGAGACUUUGAAGGCCGUGAAACGGUUGUUGGCGAGCAGGCGAGUGGAGCAUUAUGGAAGGGAAUAAGGGCUUUCGGGCCCCGACAGGGAGCUUUUCGAUAAUCUUAAUUAACAUUAGAAGUCAAUUUCAGACAAUAAGCUUAAAAAUGUCCUUUUAAGGUCAGUUUCUCAUGAAUUAAGGACACCAAUAAACGCAAUUACUUCUCUAUCUGAAGCUCUUAUGAGUGAGCCAGAAAUUGUGCAAAAUAAGAAAUUUAAAGAAAAUUUAAAUAUUGUCUCAGUUUCUUCAAAACUUUUGCUUUCUUUAGUAAACGAUUUACUAGAUUAUUCAAGGAUUUUAGCUGGAGCUUUUUCUGUACAGAAAACUAAUUGCUUAAUUCGAGCUAUUGUACAGGAUGCGGUGCAGUUACUGAAAACUCAAGCAGAAAAGAAAGGACUGAUUAUUUUUUCAAGAAUUGAUCCUCAGAUGCCUGCGUAUAUUUAUACAGACUCUUUAAGACUUAGCCAAGUUAUUUUGAACCUUUUGAGUAACGCCUUAAAAUUUACACUUAAAGGGCAUAUUGAGAUCUGCUGCUUAUUAGUUACAAAAGGGGUAAUAAAAAUUAUUAUUAGUGACACAGGAAUUGGCAUAGAGGAAUCUAAUUUGCCAAAUUUAUUCAAAGAGUUUAAUACCCAUACCAAUCAGACCAUCAAUCCAACUGGAUGUGGCUUGGGGCUGUUUAUUUCAAAUAUUAUCGUCAAAGAGCUUGGCCCAAAGCCAAUUGAGGUCAGUUCUACUCUUGGUGAGGGCUCUUCGUUUAGUUUUUUUAUAAAUAUUCAUGAAGAUGAGCUCGCACAAUCCUAUUAUGAAGAGCUUCAUAAUAAUAUAACCUCUGAAAAUAUUUCUCAAAUCGUUCCAAAAGAUUUCUCUAAAUUGAUAGAAAAAGAAUAUCCACAAGUGCUAAUAGUUGAUGAUAAUGAUUUUAAUAGAAUUGCAAUUGGUUCUUUAUUAUUACAUUGCGGUAUUUUAUAUAAUGAGUCGUAUACUGGAAAAGAAGCAGUCAAAAAAAUUCAGGAAAGCUGUAGAAUUAUGAAACCAUAUAAAUUGGUGAUAAUGGAUGGGAGCAUGCCUGAGCUAAAUGGAUGAGAAGCAACAAAAAUGAUCCAUCAGCUAUAUUUUGAUGGAAAACUCAGCAGUCUGCCAAUAAUAAUUGGGUACACAGCAUUUAGUUCUGAAGAAGAGCUAAAUUUAUGUAUUGAGUCUGGAAUGAAGGAAUGCUUGAUUAAACCUUGCAGCAAAGAAGUUUUAAUCAGUAAGGUGUUGCACUAUUUAUCAUUAUAA